AUGUAUCCACCAAGUAUUGCACUUUGUUUUGCAUUUCUGUUUGUUGUUCCGUUCUCGGAACUUCAGAAUGAUUUUAUGAAUGACAAUGAACAGAGCAACAACUCGACGAUGCAGUCUGAUCUUUUCGUAAAUUCUACGAAAUAUCGAAAUGAGGAAAUGGAAUUAACACGGUUCAAUUCACAGAAAAAUUCUAUUAAAAAUAAUGAUGAAAUGCAAUACGAAUCCUAUAUUAAUUCUACAAAUAACAAUUACAAGAAUGAUUCGAUGCGAUACGAGUCUCGUGAACAUAUAAUAAAAAAUCACGAAGAUAAUCAGACAUCUAUGGAGUUUUAUGCGAAUUCGACAGACAUCAAUAAUUUCACGUUACAAGAAAUUAAUGAAAAUCUCACCAAAACUAAAGACAAGGACAAUUUCAUAUUGUACAAACUCAAUUCCAACGGAAUAAUUAAUACUACUCUUGUUGAAUAUACAGCGUGCAAUAAUAAUAUUACUUGUAUUCAGUUCUGUUGUCCUUUUGGUGACAUCUUGAUGAUGAUAACGGGACGAUGCAUAAAGCAAAAUUACGCUGUUUCAAACAUGUACCCUUUUCUAAACCUAAACAAACACGGAAAUUAUUUCAAGGAUGAAACAGUCGAGGAGCUAUUUUUUACUGUUCGUGAUCCAUGCGUUGCAAAAGGAUAUGAUCGCAAAUUUCUUCUCCCCAAUACAUACAUGUUUUUCCCCAAUGGCUAUUUGUACACUUAUAGCAAAUUCAUUUUACCAGAGGAUUAUUGCAUUGCCAUGUUGUUUGGUAACAAAUAUAGCGUGUUCGUCUGUGAUGAUGAUACUACAUUUUUAGUAUCUUUUGUAUCCAUUUGCCUCCUAUUGUCUUUGCUGUUCCUGCUAUUGACGUUCAUAAUAUAUUCUAUAUUGCCAAUAUUCGAGACUAUCCAUAGUUAUACAUUGCGUACACACGUGGGUUCAUUAUUCAUCACAUACGUGAUUAUGUGUUUUGACCAAUCUUUUGAAUUAGGUGAAGUGAAAUAUUGCGUUGCACUAGCAUACAUCUUCUACUUCUUUUUGUUGUCAAGUUUUUUUUGGUUAAAUGUAAUAUGCUUCGAUAUUUGGUGGACAUUUAGAUAUCACCGUUUAUAUCUGAGAACAAAUAAUAAAAAGAAGCUUAUAAUAUAUUCAAUCUAUGCAUGGGGAGUCACUAUCGUUCUCAAUGUUAUCUGCGCCAUCAUGGAUAAUAUUCCCUUACCAGAAAAUUUGGUCCGGCCAGAAAUGUGCGAAAAAAGAUUUUGGUUCGGUGAAAAAGCACAAACGUUAUAUUUUGACGUACCCAUAAGUGCUACUAUCAUCAGUAACAUUUUUUUUUUCAUCAGCACAAUUUUAUACCAGAAAAUACAUAUAGCUAAGCUGUUGAGAGACCGUGAAAUCAUGAGCUACGAUGAAAAUAAGCAGAGGUUUAAUAUGUACUUGAAGCUAUUCAUAAUAAUGGGACCAACUUGGGUUUUGAAGAUAAUAUCGUGGGUCGAUAUUGGUGCCGAUAUACCACAAUUUAUCUGGUAUACCGCCAUCACUGUACAUUGCUUGCAAGGUCUCAUUAUUUUCAUCAUAUUUGUGUGUAAAAAAAAGGUUCUGCAAGCGCUAUUAAAACGAUUUAAUAGCAACAUUUGCGGUACUACAUCCACUUGUAGUACUAGGAAACUAGGAAGUCCAGAAACAAUAUCCAUGCAACAAAUCGAUUCCUCUAAUUAG